AUGGCCGCCGUGGCUACAAAGUCCUUCUGGAGUGCGCCCGAUCCCGACGACCCGUUGUCCAUCGCUCUCCAGCCCCCACCAGACGAGAGUGUGGAGGACCGUCAGGCCCGCAUUCGCCAGCAAGAGGACGCGGCACGGGUGUCCAAGGAGAUUGACGAAGAGAUCGCGCUCUCCAAGAAGGCCUUCGAACGGCGCAAAAAGGCCAUCAAAAUCCUUCUCCUUGGCCAGGCCGAGUCCGGAAAGAGCACGACGCUUAAGAACUUCCAGCUUGCCUUUUCUCCCGCCCACUUCCAGAAGGAGCGCGCCGCCUGGAAGACAAUCAUCCAGCUCAACCUCAUCCGGAACGUGAAGCGCCUGUUGGAGGUCCUCCAGGAAGAGUACGAGAGCUCGCUCCAGAACUCGUCCGCGUCCUCCAUCGCUAAAGGCAAGGGCGUCGCUGGUCGCUCGCCCUCGUCUCCCGGCGUCCGCUUCUCCACCUCCCCACUAACCGACAAUCACCGCAAGAUCCGCAUGCGUCUCUCCGCCCUGCUCCCGAUCGAGCAUGAGCUCAUGUCCAAGCUCAUCCCCGGUGGUGGAACCGACACCCCAGGCCAGCCGCGCGACGUAUGCGUCCGCGCGGGCAGCGGCUGGAAGGGUAUCCUCACCGCCCUCGGCACGAAUACGAGUACAGUCAGCGUCCAGCCAGUUCCACAGAUGCCCGUCAAGAGCGCGAUGAAGGGUUCCACGAACCGGCCGGCAACGGGCGACACGCGCAACAAGGACAACCCGAGCGCGGUACUCGCGGCCUGCAAAGACGACAUCACGACGCUGUGGGAGGACCAGGUGGUGCGGGCGGUGCUGAAGCGGCAUAAUGUACGACUGCAGGACAUGCCGGGGUUCUUUCUCAACGACGCUGCGCGCGUCGCCUCGCUCCAGUAUGAGCCUUCUGACGAUGACAUCGUGCGCGCCCGUGUUCGAACACUCGGAGUUGAAGAACAUCACUUCACAAUGGAGUCUGGUGCGCUCCCAGGCACAGAAUGGUACAUCUACGAUGUCGGCGGGUCACGCAGCUGUCGACAACACUGGAUCCCGUACUUCGACGACGUGCAGGCGAUCAUCUUCCUUGCGCCCCUCGCCUUCAACCUCGUGCUCGAGGAGGACCCGAAGGUCAACCGUCUUGAGGACUCGAUCACACUGUGGCGGGAGGUGUGCACAAAUACGUUGCUGGCAAAGACGACAUUGAUCUUGUUCUUGAACAAGAUGGAUAUCCUCCAGGCAACGCUGGCGUCGGGCCUCCGCGUCACCAAGUAUGUGCCGUCGUACGGCGACCAGCCGAACGAUGUUCCCAGUGUGGUCAAAUAUUUCCGGGACAAGUUCAGGGGAUACCAUAAACGCCUGUCGCCGAAGGCCCGGCCGUUCUACUGGCACGAAACGUCGGUCAUCGACACACGGUCGACGGCGGCGAUCCUCGUCGGGGUCCGCGAGGGCAUCCUCCGCGCGCACCUCCAGAGCGUCAACGUCAUCUAG